CUUAUGACAAACUUCGGCUGUACUGAUUAAACAAGGGAUAACAAUGCUAAGAGACACAGCAUGUUGAUUUCUAAGUAAGUCCUGAAACUUUUGACAUACACAAAUGGCCCAGACUUUAUUUUCAUACUCUAGAUUUAAAAAGUACUGCAUUUUUUGGAAGUAGCCAAAGAAAAUUGGAGAGAGUGAAAGGUGGGUGAGACUGUACAGUGUUUUGCCAAAUAGGAAUCCAGAUUCCAGAUGGACGUCAUGAUGGAAUCGGACUUGUCUCUGCUGUCUUCUUGCAAGGAGGAGUUCAAGGCCGAGGAUUAUAUACAACCGCAUUACAAAGAGGCGUAUCGGUUAGCCAUUGAUUGUCUAGUCAGUGGGGGAGAAGAUUCUUAUCAAAAUUUCAUCAAAAAGGAAGGCUUAUGGGGCUUCCUAUCAGAGGAGGAAAUCCACCACAUCACAGAGAGCGCCGUACAGCCACCCACCAGCAACCACUCAGAGGAAGUGGACUGUCCUCGGGAUGACACUUCCUCCACGGGUACAUACUGGCCCACUAACUCUGACACAGACCCUCCAAACCUGGACUUAGGCUGGCCAGAACCCUCGCACAGUAGACUCCAGACCAGCGUAGACCUGCUCUUCCAUCCACCCCGCCAAAACAGCCCCACCAUCAAGGAAGUGAUCUGCAAACACAUACGGGAUGCCAGGCAGGUCAUUGCAAUUGUAAUGGAUGUUUUCACUGAUGUGGACAUCUUUAAAGAGGUGGUCGAUGCCUCCAUCAGGGGGGUUCCUGUCUACAUUCUACUCGACCAUGACUACUUCAAAAGAUUUCUCACCAUGAUAGAAAAACAAGAUGUCCAAAUCCAAAAAUUCAGGAACAUGAGGGUACGUACAGUGAAAGGCCAGGAAUACUGUUGCAGAUCUGGGGCAAAGUUCCAUGGAGCUAUGGGCCAGAAAUUUCUCCUUGUUGACUGCCAAACAGCAUUUUUUGGAUCAUACAGCUUCAUGUGGUCCUACGAGAAGAUCAACCUCAGCAUCAUGCAGGUUAUUACAGGCCAACUAGUGGAGUCUUAUGAUGAGGAAUUCCGAACGUUGUAUGCUCGAUCGACAGUCCCAACUCCAUUUCAAACUUUAGACAUGCAGUGUGAUAUAAUACCCAAUGGCAAAAUGGAUGGAUACCACAUUCAUUCCAGCAACCCCUUUGAAAGAAAAGACCAUUUAAGGCAUACGCUCGAUGCAGUUUACCGACAAACCUGUGAAAGGCGAUCAGGGUUUUCACCAUUGAGAGAGCUCGAAGAAAGGCCACUUGUUGCCCCACACACUCGAUUACUUCAAGAAACAUCAAAUUUUUACAAAAGACACAGCUAUGCAGGCGAGCGUCAGGAGUCUGCAUAUAUUCCACAAUUGUCCAAGUAUGGCUCCAGUAAUUGGAACAUAGCAGCAGAGAGUGGCCGUUAUGGAGGUUUCUCCAAAAACAUGGACAACCAGUAUGAAAGUUAUGUUGUCAACCCGAUGUACAGAGGUUCGCACAUGCGGCAGUCUUACCAUGGCCAUGACAAACAAGUUCUCAACAUGAGGCAAAAGCUGCCCAGCUUAGCAAGUACCUCCAAGUCUUUUCUUCGUACUUGGAGGAUAGAGUCUUACCUCAACAACAACGACACCCCCUUUAAGGAGAACUAUGAUUAUCUGGACCAAUAUGAGAAGGAGAAUAAAAUAGCGCCUCCUCAGCACUCUCGCCUCAGGUCAUCGAUGGUUUUCACAUCCACCAUACCGGAGCAACCAGAGACAAACAGCUGCUCCAAUAAUUCAGCAUCCUUCAACCAUGAUCAAGCAGGAAUUCAACCGAGUGCCCAGAUCUAUUCCUCAACGCAGUGGAAUCAGCCUCAUACUGGGACCACACAGCAUGAUGACUAUAUGCUAAAGAGACACAGUAUACAGAUUUUAGAAAACUCCGGGACUAACACAAGCUUCAGCUCCGGAAGAGAUGCAAUAUACGCCAGUCUAAACAGAGCUAAAAACCGAUUUGGAAACAAGGAAGAUGACAUCCAACAAGAUAACUGUUACAAGAGGCACAGUGUGGCCGAUCCCAGGAGCAAUACAUAUAACAGUGACACGACUGAGCCCUCUAGUUACAUGUAUGCCUCUUUGCCUAGAAGACCAAGAGACAAGGUUUCCAUAAACGAGCUUCCCAGAAAUGGAGGUUACACUCCAAAUCUCAAAGAGGACCAGAGGUCUGUCUCACAAUAUGAUGUCCAAAAGGCAAAUGAGAGUAUGACUACUUCAGGAAACACAUGGCAAGAACCUCCCUCGAGAACUGUGUCAGCAACACUCCUUGACACAGAGGACAGUCAGCCUUCAAAAUCCACCGGGGUAACGUCGCCACGAUUCUUUAAAAGGAGCACCAAGAAAAUAAGAUCUCUUCUAAACAUCCCACAGAAGGGUGAUGGCUCACCAAAAAGAAAUAAUGGCUCAAGUCUUAAAAGCAGCACUGAUACGAUUCUCGCAGAUGAUGAUGCCAUACCUGACAAGACAUGCCAUGGUAGCACUACCAAUUCCAUCAAAUCCAUUGAUAGCAGUAGAUUCAGGAAAGCAAACGGGAAGAUCCCUGCCAGUGAGAACAACUCUGCUGGCCUGGUGGGUGAGAUAUCUGCACCUCGGUUUAGCACUGAUGAGCUUAAUCAAGGCCAAACCGCAAGUGCUGUAGAGACUUCCAAAACACAGAAACAAUCCCCAGUCAUUACUCAGAACGAGAGGCCGGACUCUACAAUAACCAGAUCAGAUCCGUUGCCAAAGCAACAAGUAUCAGCAAACAGGCUGUACAGCAGAUUUGAGCCACUUUGCUCAUUUGAAACAAAGUGUCCCUCAGCAGGUCAGUCUGCAUAUGCAUCGACAAACAGCCAUGCAACCCUGAAAGCAAGGAAUUCUGUGUUUUUAAGAGGACAACCAAUGAGUGACCAUAACAGAUAUACAAACCAACAGACACAUGGACAUGACAACAGAUUUGGUCGUUUCAUUCAACGGGUUGGAAAUAUGAUAAACAAGAAUAAGUACUGAUCAGCCACUGUGUAGUAAAACAGUACAAUGCUAAAGCUGAAGUGUGUGAUUUCUACACCACUAGCAUCACCAAACGAAUUUCCAAAAGUUAUGUUUGUUUUUUAAUCAGGUUUCUAGAAUACGUCAUUCAUCUUCCUUGGCAGACAAACAGAUACUCUUGCCCCAAACUCACAGCAUUGUUCUAGUAAAUGUUGUUGUGUUGGGCUGUGGUGUGUUUCUCAAAAGCAUCGUUAGCCAACUAUGGUUGAAAGUUCCAUCUUUACCAACAUAGUUAAAUGAUUUGGUGUUUCCAUGAAACCAUAGUUCAGCAUCGCAAGGUUUGUAGUUGGAAAUACAGCUGCACAUGUGUUAGUAACAGUUUCUUGUAAGGUUAUGUCAUAGACUUCGCUGAGGCUUGGAUAUCUGUCAUUUCACAUACUGGAUAUCUUUCAUUCUAUAUCUUUCAUUCUGACAAGACUUGUGACCCUGUUUACAUGCACUUAAGAAAAUAGCUUUUUUUUUACAAUGCAUGUGCUUUUACACCAGCAGCGUUUCUGCAGCAGAAACUGCUGCACUCUCCACAAAAUAAAGUGUGAGCUAUUUGUUUAUCACAGUUGUUAGCACUCGGCUCUGUAUGUGUAUUGCUGUUAACCCUUUAGACCUGCUCUCUGAUUAAUAGUAUAUUAUAGGGUGGUUUUUAUUUUGUUUGUUUAAGGCUACGACUUGUAGUAUACUGUAGUUUUAUUUGAUAAAACCCUAUGUCCGCUUAAGCUAAUAAAUUAAAAUAACUACAUUUUAUUUUGUCAUUAAAAUGUUUUUAUUAUUUGAUUUUGUUUUCUUACGAGCUGUAAUUAAUACCAAAACACAUUAGACUACAAAUACAUGCUCCCUCUGUACAGUAACUGUUUUUCAUGUCAACUCACCUUCAUGAUGUCCAUCAACAUUGCACUGUCACUUUAAUUCAGCAUGAGCAGCGCAGCAAAAAUAGGCUCAACGCCAAAACUCCUGUUGCUCUGCUGCUUCUGCUUCCAAUGUAAAUACAUUCAUUUGUUAGCAUGAAAGGCAAAAAAGUGCACUGCUUCUGUCCUGCUUUGGUGUGCUGUGUAAAACAUGCGUAAUGGUGCACUGUGCCAUGGUGGUUAAGCAGUGUUAUGUUGUUGUUCAGGAAACAAACCCUUUAUAAGGAUUCUCAAACAGCGUAACGUUUCGAAAAGAAAAGGAAAUCAGCCUUAUAGUUGUCUCUGCAUAUUAAACUGGGAUAGGAGAAAUCAUUUUAAUAUCAAAAACAUUACACACUUCAGCUUUUUAAAUGUAGAACAAUGUUUUUUACUUGAAUGCAUUGUAGCUAAUGCCAGUGUUGUAGGUUUGCACUACUGGUGAAACUGGGAAAAAUGCUGCAAGCACUGUUACACUUUGUAAUUUUAUUGUCAGACUCAAAGUGCUUGUUCUUAUAAUAUUUGUUAACUAAUUUUAAGAGUGAAGGAUGUCUUGAGAGGGGCAAUGGGCAGAUAUCAUGACAAUAAUUUCAUAAUUUCUCAUGAGUAAUUGCAAUUUUGAAAAGUUAACUGAGGGUGAAACCACUAAUUAAUAUCUGAUUACAAGCUCUGGUCCACAAUUCAUACAACCUUCAAUUGCACUAGUCUGGACAACAGUUUGCCAAAAAUAACCUAGAGUGUCAGGUUGACAUUGAAACGCUGGAACGCAAGAUAAAUAAAUGUUGGUUGGUGGGUAAUGGUGCUUUGCUAAUCUUUAAGAGUGAUGAACCAUGCUGGUGUACACUACACAGGCUUAUGCACUAUAUUUAGGUCAUAAUGUUGUUUUUGUCUUCAUAUUAUGUAACAAAAACCAGAAGAGGAACAUAUUACAAAAUAUUUUAAUUGUUGGGAAUGCAAUUGCAAACUUUGCAGACUCUGUAAUGCUGAAGAACUUUCCACAGAAGCACUUCAAGUCAAAACUAUCACCUAAAAGCAAACAUACGAUAAAUGGCAAUGUUGAGGAAUCGCUGUUCUUUCAUUUAGUCAACCUCUUGAGUUGGUGCUAUUUUAGUGCAUUUUUAUACUUUAUCUUUAUACUUUAGAAUGCUUUGUUUGGAAAAUGUUAAUAAACUUUGUUAC